UAUCUUUCCUUUUGUCUUUUCUCUUAUAAAACUAAAUUCCCUAACGCCAUUCUUUGCUUUCUUCUCACUUUUAACACUAUCAGCUGCUUGCUCAGAGAAACCAACAAAAAUUAGAGAUGGGUGUGAUAAAGGCAGCCAUAGGAGAUGCAAUUUUGACAUCUUUGUGGGUGUUUAGCCUCCCGCUUUUGGGAGUUUUUACACGCAUAAUAUCAACUUUUCUUGACGUUCAAACCUUGCUACCAGUAACUCUAUUCAUCAGCAUAAAUUUGGCAACACUUUUGGUACUACUAAUCAGCUUGAUAGGCAGUGCCCUUGGUGGUGCCAGCUUCAAUCCCUCCACUACUGUCUCCUUGUUCGCCGCUGGCCUUAAACCGGAUGCCUCCCUCUUCUCCAUGGCUGUUCGGUUUCCUGCUCAAGCUGCCGGUGGAGUUGCAGGUGCCAUGGCGAUUAUGCAGGUAAUUCCAACAGAAUACAAGCAUAUGCUGAAAGGGCCGUAUUUGAAAGUGGAGUUGCAUAGUGGAGCCAUAGCUGAGGGAGUGUUGACCUUUGUGCUUUCUUUUGCUUUGCUUGUUAUUAUGGGGAAGGGUCCUAAAAAUUUAAUUUUGAAGAUUUGGCUGCUUGCCAUGGCAACUGUUGGAUUAGUUUUUGCAGGUUCAAGUUACACUGGACCUUCCAUGAAUCCUGCAAAUGCUUUUGGAUGGGCAUUUGUGAACAAUAGGCACAACAAUUGGGAGUUGUUUUAUGUUUAUUGGAUUUCUCCAUUUAUUGGGGCAAUUUUGGCUGCUUGGUUUUUCAAAUUUCUUUUUCCUGCGAAAACCAAUAAAGAGAAAAAAGCCUAAGAAAUUUAAUGUCUUGUUUGAUUCCACUUUCUUCUCUUGAAUAAUGAUUCUAUGUGAGCAAAUAUUUAUAUCACAUUCAGAAAUGAAAUUGAACGGAUGAUGAGAAUUGAUUGGUACUUCGAUAGUUAGAUUUCAAAGGAAUGAAUAGAGUUUACCUUAUCUUUCAUGAUAUCUGUUAAGUGUCAUACAGCUUACUUGUAAGUCAAUAAUACCUUUCUAUAUAUUAU